CUGGAAAUAAAAGCUUGACGUGACCGACUUGCUCAAAAUGCCCCCAUAAUUAAAAAUUUUGCAAAGGAGGAGAGAGCAAUAUCUUUUGCGGUUUUGCCCGUUUCAUUGCAUUUCAAAUCUUCUCUCUCUUCUCUACGCGUUUCUUCUGUGAACGUUUACGUUCUUGAUCACCUAAUUGGUUUCUCUUCUUCUGCCUUUGGACCCUCUAUAAUACCUAUCUUUCGCUUCUGUCUCCUCAAUUUCUCUAAACCCAGAUUUUGUUUUCCCUCUUUAUUUCAGAAAUUAGGUUUCUUUUUUUCGUUUUGAUAUUUGUUUGCAAUAUGAAGAGGGGCAAAUCGGAAACCAGAUUGGAUAAAUUUGACAUGUUUGUGUCUUUAAGCAGGCAAAGAUCGAUUCAAAUCCUGAUUGGUGUUGGUUUUUUGUAUAUAUGCCUCGUAACUCUAGAAAUCCCUUUUGUGUUCAAUACUGGUUUCAGUGCUGUCUCUCAAGAAACCCUCACUCGCCCUUCUAUGCUUCAAAGCGAAGAGGAUUUGCAGGAUAGAGAUGCUCCAACUCGUCCCCUUGACUGGGUCUCUCAUAACUCGGCCCAACCAACUCAGUCCCAAAGUACCUACAGACCCGUUAAAAUGUUGUCAGGUUUGAAUUUUGAUCCGGAAACAUUUGAUCCUACUAAAAAAGAUGGAUCCGUGGAGCUUCAUAGGACUGCUAAGACUGCUUGGGAAGUGGGAAGUAAGCUUUGGGAAGGGAUAGAGUCGGGUAAAAUUAAGGUUUUGGAAGUUAAGAAGCCCCAGAACCUAUCCGAAUCGUGCCCGCAUUCGAUUUCUCUAUCUCGUUCCGAUUUUUUGAAGCGAGGGAAGGUCGUGGAGUUGCCAUGUGGGCUGACUUUGGGGUCGCACGUAACGGUGGUGGGGAAGCCAAGGAGGGCCCAUGCUGAGAACGACCCAAAGAUAUCGCUGGUGAAAGAUGGUGGAGAGCUGGUGAUGGUUUCGCAGUUUAUGAUGGAGUUGCAGGGAUUGAAGAUUGUGGAAGGCGAGGACCCGCCAAGGAUUCUGCAUUUCAAUCCGAGGCUGAAGGGGGAUUGGAGUGGGAAGCCGGUGAUUGAGCAGAAUACUUGUUAUAGGAUGCAGUGGGGGACUGCUUUACGUUGUGAGGGUUGGAAGUCUAAGGCUGAUGAGGAGACGGUUGAUGAUCAAGUGAAGUGUGAGAAGUGGAUCCGUGAUGAUGACAAUCGCUCAGAGGAGUCAAAGGCUAUUUGGUGGUUAAGCCGGCUAAUAGGCCGAACUAAAAAGGUGUCUGUUGACUGGCCAUUUCCAUUUGUAGAGGAGAGGCUGUUUGUUCUAACUCUUAGUGCUGGUUUGGAAGGUUAUCAUGUCACUGUUGAUGGGAGGCAUGCCACUUCGUUUCCUUAUCGCACUGGUUAUACUCUUGAGGAUGCCACAGGGCUAACUGUGAAUGGUGACGUGGACGUUCACUCUGUAUUUGCUGCUUCGUUGCCCACAACACACCCAAGUUUUGCUCCUCAGCGGCAUUUAGAGAUGACAGACAGAUGGAGAGCACCACCUCUUCCUGACGGGCCAGCAGAACUUUUUAUUGGUGUUCUUUCUGCAGGCAACCAUUUUGCUGAGAGGAUGGCUGUGAGGAAGUCUUGGAUGCAGCACAGGCUCAUUAAAUCUUCAAAUAUGGUAGCUCGGUUCUUUGUAGCAUUGCAUGCCCGGAAAGAAGUGAAUUUGGAGUUGAAGAGAGAGGCAGAAUUUUUUGGUGACAUUGUUAUUGUGCCUUACAUGGAUAACUAUGAUCUUGUGGUAUUAAAAACAGUUGCCAUCUGUGAAUACGGGGUCCGCACUGUGCAUGCAAAGUACAUUAUGAAGGGUGAUGAUGACACAUUUGUUAGAGUGGACGCAGUCAUUGAUGAAGCAAGAAAAGUUCCUGAGGGUAGGAGCUUGUACAUUGGGAACAUAAAUUACUACCAUAAGCCUCUUCGAUAUGGUAAAUGGGCAGUGACAUAUGAGGAGUGGCCAGAGGAAGAUUAUCCUCCCUAUGCAAAUGGGCCAGGCUACAUUUUGUCUUCUGACAUUGCCCAGUUCGUUGUUUCUGAGUUUGAGAAACAUAAAUUAAGGUUGUUCAAGAUGGAAGAUGUGAGCAUGGGAAUGUGGGUGGAGCAAUUUAACAGCACAAAACCUGUGGAGUAUGUACACAGCUUGAAGUACUGCCAGUUUGGAUGCAUUGAAGGCUAUUUCACGGCACAUUAUCAGUCCCCAAGGCAGAUGAUCUGCCUUUGGGAUAAACUGCAAAAGACGGGAAGGCCCCAAUGCUGCAAUAUGAGAUGACAAAUCCUUGACACCAUGGAGGAGAGUUCAGAGUGCUGGAACAUGGGGUGAUGGUCACAAUAUUUGGUGACUGAAGCCGGUGGAAUACUACAACGAUGGAUGAUUGUCUGAAGAAGUUGGCAUAGGUUACAGAAAGAAGUUUUGCAGCCAUAGCAUCAAAUAUUGUAUAUUCUGUGAUGUUGGCUUAGUUGUUCCUAAGCUAAACAAAUUCCAGUUCAAAUUCAUUCAUUGUUUUUUCUCCCA